CGUCUCCAUGCUAGAGAAAUGGCUGUUGUCUCUCUUACAAUACAUCAGCUACAAACCUUGACGUUUACCAAAUAAUAUGUUAAAGAGGCGAAAUUAUUCAAUCGAGAGCAGCCGCUGCACUGUUUUGUGCUUUCAAGUAAGAUAAAUGUAAAUGCUUCGUUUUAGUUCAUCUGUAAUCUACAUGAAGUGCGAGUUUCACUGUGACGCUAGCCGGCUUGCAGGUAGCUGUUAGCUGUAAAGCCGAGAGACUGAGCCACCUGUCAUCCAGCACUACUCGCUACUUUCUGUUAAUGGCAACUGAAUAGGAGCUCAAGCCAGAGGAGAACUGACUGUUUUUUGGUUCAGUACAAGAGAUUAAACCGGGUAUACCCGCGCCUAAAUGCCCGAACAAGGCCCCAGGAUGAAUGGGUUUUCUCUCGGUGAGCUAUGCUGGCUGUUCUGCUGUCCACCCUGUCCCAGUCGUAUCGCGGCCAAGCUAGCCUUCCUCCCGCCGGAGCCCACAUACUCGGUGCACACCGACGCUAACGGGGUAACUAGCUUACAUUUAACCGAACGGGCGGACUGGCAGUACUCCCAGCGGGAACUGGAUGCAGUGGAAGUGUUUACCACCAGAAGCAGCAGGGGUAACCGGGUUGGAUGCAUGUUCGUGCGUUGCGCCCCGAACAGCCGGUACACGCUGCUGUUUUCCCACGGAAAUGCCGUGGACCUGGGACAGAUGUGCAGUUUUUACAUCGGCCUCGGCUCCAGGAUCAACUGCAACGUGUUCUCCUAUGAUUACUCAGGCUACGGAGUCAGCACCGGCAAGCCAUCUGAGAAGAACCUGUAUGCGGACAUCGAAGCGGCCUGGCAGGUCUUGAGGAACAAGUAUGGUGUAACACCUGAGAACAUCAUCCUGUAUGGUCAGAGCAUUGGCACUGUGCCCACCAUUGACCUGGCUGCUCGCUAUGAAUGUGCUGCUGUCAUCCUACACUCACCACUCAUGUCAGGGCUGCGAGUGGCCUUCCCUGAUACACGCAAGACCUACUGUUUUGAUGCCUUCCCCAGCAUUGACAAGGUGUCCAAGGUGGCGUCCCCAGUGCUAGUGAUCCAUGGUACGGAGGACGAGGUCAUCGACUUCUCUCACGGUCUUGCCAUGUACGAACGCUGCCCCCGUGCUGUGGAGCCCUUGUGGGUGGAGGGAGCCGGCCACAACGACAUUGAACUGUACGCCCAGUACCUGGAGAGACUCAAGCAGUUCAUCUCCUUCGAGCUUCCCACCUCCUGAGGGGGAGCUCCACCCAUCAGGCCCGGGUUCAUCUCAACACACUCAAGAAGCCUCCUCCUUAUCAUCUCCCAACUUCCUCUCUUAGCAAAGGGGGCAGGACCAGAGUAAACUGACCACACUGUUCUCCCCUGUCCUCCGAGCCAUUUCAGGGUGGGAAUGUGUAGUGGACUGGAAGAGGAGGGGGUUCUAGAUUGUUGUGGUGCAGCUGAGCGUAACACCAGUCCCGGAAGGUGUGUAGCUGUGGUUUAAAAUGUAGUGUCUCCUAAACCCUGGCUGUUGCUCCUACAUGUGGACCCAGUUUGCCAAUGAGCCCAGGCCUAGACAGUGUUUGCACUCGCUGCUCAAUCUGGAUUCAUUUCCCCCUCCAGCUCUCAGCCUUCCUCUCUUCUCCCACUGACUCUCCCUCACUUUUCCUCCAUCACUGUCUCUCACUGUGAGCUUCAGUUUGUCACGUCUCCUCACUCCUCCCCCCGCUCCUCCCACACUCCCUGCUUUUCUUUGGACAGAGUCUUUGCAAUGUUCAAGCUUGAUUUUUCUAUUCUUUUAUACCAGGUGAAGAAGUAUCAAUUUUGCACCUCGAGAUAAAAUUGAAGUUUUUUACUUUUUAUGUGUUCUUAAGUUACCAUUCAGGGUUGAUUAAACAGUUGCACUUUUCAUGUGCAGACAUUUUCAGGUAAUGAUUUGUUUUCUGCGUUCGAAGAUGUAUGUUGAUUUCUUUUGUUAUUGGCAUUCCAUGUUUUUUCUUAAAUGCAGUUAGAACUCUUUUUUUUUUCCCCCAGAGUGUGUGUCUAAAAGCUGUUAACCAGAAUGCACCUCUGCACAUCUGGUCUUUGUAGCUGUGAUCUUUGUUGUCCUGGUGCAUGCUACUCUCACAUCAAAUUUACAAGCUGCUUUGACCUACAUCAUUAAUCGUUAGUGUGUGCCACUGUGCUUAUUGGCACACACAUAUUUAAUUCUGUGAGAAAAUGACUCAAGUCCUUGAAUACUUUGGAGCCUCUGAUAAAUUUAGCAAACAGUUACUUCCAUGAAACAUUUAGAAUAGGUUUGCCUAUUCACAAUUGUACACCAUUAAAGGUGAUGGAACGUGAACCUGAAUUUACCAGAGGACCUGAAUGAUUGAACUGAUUUCAUCAACCUAUGCUGCACAAUACAAACACAUCCUGACAUCUCAGCACUUGGUGAAGCCAUUGUUGAAACAAUGAAGAUCCCACUUGUUGGGUAAUAUAGAAGCUGACCUCAGUAAAAGAGAGAGCAGCAGGUAUCAGGACUAUGCUUUUGUUAACUGGAGAUUAACAGCUGAUUCACACAGGAGACUGUAAAGUGAAGCCAGGGUUUGUGGUGCUGGGUUUACCUGCAGAUAAAAGACACUCAACUGUGAACCCCGCUCCAUGUGAAGGUAUUUUAAAGUGAAGGUGUUGUUGCUUGGGUUUGGGUGUGUAUUUAAGUUAUCAGUCAUUUCACACUACAAAUAAAGCCUUAUGUUCGUAAACAUUUCACCCAGACAGUUCUGGCAACUACAUCGGGGCCCUUGUGGUCUUCAGGUGGACUGAUAACUGCUGCUAUUCAUCAGAGGAUCAAUCAUGUCAAAGACAGUUUGAAAUGACAGCAUGGUACUAAAACCGAAUCAUCAUCAUCCUCCUCUGUUGUCAGCCACGUGUUCCUGCCUGCAGGGACGUUCUCCUCUAACAACACUGUCUGCUGAGCCUUGUCAUAGUUUGGACUUGGAGCUGGGAAGACGUGGAAGAACCACGACGGGGAAAUGAAAUGCUGUGGAAAUAAGCAGCGCAUGCAGACCGCCUCUUAUAGUUGUGGACAUUUCAACAUAUAUCAACUGUAUUUGAAUGAUUUGUUCUUUGCCCCCCUAUAAUGAAAAAAAAAAAGCAGUAAAACCCUAAACAAUGAUGUUUCAAUCACACCAAAAGAGAAAAAAAAAAAAAAA